UUAUCAAUCAGAUACGUGGUUCCCAGCUCAGCUUGAAAUCAACCUCCUCCUCUUCAUUAGUCCUCUAUGUUUUAAUAGCUGGUAUUUGUGAUGGGGGCAUCUGAUCCAGUGCUUGAGUUAAAUAUAGCCCUGUCUAGUGUAAGGAGAAGAUUUAAUGGGAAAUGGUUGGCAUUCUUUCUUACUAAAGCUCACAGAGGCAGAGAGGCAGAGACAGAGAGACAUAAACAUACCCAACCAGUGAGAGAGCGAAAGGAGGAAAGCAAGCAAGCAAACAGGCAGGGAGGCAGGCAAGAGAAGACAGUGGACAAGAUAUCAGCACCCUGCACAUUGGAAUUAUACAGCUUGGAGCCAACAUGGUCAUCCUCAGCCGUAUUGCUUUGGGAUUUUACCUUCAGCUCCUUUUCUGCUUUGCUGUAUCUCAGUCCUCCUUUGUGGACAGUGUCUUCUCAAUUUCAGCAGAUGUUGUCUCUGAACCUGAAAAACCUAUGUCAAGAGCUUCAGAUAAUACAGUCUCCAUGUGUAGAAUCUCUGUGCCCUCCAGGACCUCCUGGGCCACAGGGCCCACAAGGCGUUCCAGGCGUGAAGGGACCAAAGGGGGAAAAAGGUGAGAUUGGCAGACCAGGAAGGAAGGGCAGACCAGGUCCCCCAGGUGUCCCUGGACUUCCAGGACCUAUUGGAUGGCCUGGCCCAAUAGGACCAAGGGGUGAAAAGGGAGAUUUGGGUUUGAUGGGAUUGCCAGGUACAAGAGGACCAACGGGCUUUAAGGGUUACCCUGGAAGCAGAGGAGAAAAGGGAACUCAGGGAGAGAAGGGCGACAAAGGCAGCAAAGGAGACAAGGGACACAUAGGUUUCCCUGGAAUGCUGGGGCAGAAGGGAGAAAUGGGCCCAAAGGGGGAAUCUGGUUCAUCCGGACACAGAGGUCCAACUGGAAGACCAGGGAAAAGAGGCAAACAAGGACAAAGGGGAGACAUAGGACCUCCUGGUGCCUCAGGCCCACCUGGAAGACCUGGCCCCCCUGGUCAGCCUGGUCCACCAGGCCCUUUGGCAACAGGGCAACUAACAAAGGGGACAAAAGGAGAGAGAGGACUUCCUGGACCUCCAGGAAAAUGUCUCUGCAACCCUCAGCAAAAUGGGAAUAUCCCACCCUAUGACGAGCCACUGUUUGGACAGCCUUAUUCAAAGGUUCCUGCAAUUUUUGUAGUGAAUAAUCAGGAAGAACUGGACAGAUUAAACACAGAAAAUGCCCUAGCAUUUCGUAGAGAUCAGAGAUCUUUGUAUUUCAAAGAUGCUUUUGGAUGGCUUCCAAUUCAGCAGCUCACGCCUUUUUAUCCUGUGGACUACCCGCUGGAAGAUGGCAGCACCUGUGGAGAUGGGGUCCUCCAAGAUGGUGAAGAAUGCGAUGAUGGCAAUAACAUAGUGACUGAUGAUUGUAUAAAAUGUCGCCAUGCUUAUUGUGGAGACGGCUACCGACACGAAGGUGUAGAAGAGUGCGAUGGGAAAGAUUUUGGAUACUUAACUUGCAAAACGUAUCUCCCUGGGUCUUAUGGAAAAUUACGAUGCUCUUCGUUUUGCAAUAUUGACUCUACAGAGUGUCGAUACUUUACAUGAAAAGUGAGCCCUGUGAUAUGUGAGUAUCCCACAUACGACAUCCAUACAUAAGGUGCUAUGUUACCAUCAACCCAAGACUGAGCAAUAGACAAGCAACCCAUCUCUAUGAUGAAAAAACCCCACCAAUGUCCUGCUGCUCGUGGUGACUGGAGAUGUGUUUUUAAAUUGGCUCACACUGGAAGAAAAUAGGACCACUGAAUCCUGUCUUAGUAGAGAAAUGUCAUGCAACAUUCACAGUUAAGACUUACCUUUUCCAUGGCUGCUUACAGGAGUUCCCCUGUACAACAGGAAAACCAAAUAACCGGAAUACUGUAUUUUACUUCAAUACUGUUACUUCAUAAAAACACAAUUAUACCUCAACUUGGCACUCCUAGUCCUACAGAUAAGCUCUUCGGGUGUUUAUGUUUUUUUUAAAAAAAUAUUUUUUCCCAGUAUAAACACAAAGCAUAUUCUGGUUGCAGUGUUUAUAAGGACUAUUUAGGGUUUUUUCCCCAUUACCAUGUGAACUUCGUACAUGCUUUAGCUGCAUGAAUUAAUCAUGUAUUCAAGUUAGAAGUCCCGGGUUUGUAUAUAUUGACUUGGGGCAAUUAGGCUGCAAUCCUAUGAGCACUUAUGUGGGGGUAAGUCCCAUUGAACUCAUUGAGAUUUACUUCUGAAUAGAGAUGCAUAGGAUGGCACUAUUAGUUAAGUGGAAGAGAACCAGAUCAAGGAACUGAUUAUCUUUAUUUACAUUGCAAUUCUAUGUAUGCCAGCUUGGAAGUACUCCCAGGUUAAGUGGAUAUAGCCUUAGAAACAGAAAUUGUAUAACCAUGUGAGAGAUGUAAAUAGAUUGAAAUAUAUUGAGAGUGACUGAAAUGGAAGAAUUCACAAGGGAGUCAACACUUGUAUAUAAUCAUGGCAAACCGACUGGAGGGAUAAACUUUCAAAGCUCUGGAAAGGCACCAAUCUACAUUGGGAGAUUAAGGACGUAUUCACCAAUUCUUCAGCGUCAGAUUAUUACUUUGGGAUGAUUUACUCAUGUGGGACUAGCUCUCAAAAGCAAAGUCCUGCUGCCCCUUACGCCACGUUCCUGCCAAGUUCUUAAACUUACAAUAAUAUAUCCUGCGUCUAAUAUGCCUGAAAUUUGCAUUCUGAAUUAUGCAACAGAAUGGAGGUUUGCAUCUUGAAAAGCUUAGAAUUGCCUUAGAGACUAUUGUUGCAAAACUGCUACCAUAAACUUUCAUUUUAUUGGUAAUGCCAGGAAGUGUUACUUGCUUUCUAAUGUACCUGAUACUCAGUUCUACUGGUUUCUACCUAGAAAUUGCUUUGCAGUCUCAGCUUUGUACAACAGUUAGGAUUAUUGGCCAUGUUCAUACACCAUCAUGGUUUAGUGUGACCUGCACGAGCUGUAAUGAGCCCAGGUGAUUUUUGGGCUCACACAUUCGUUCCACUUUUCUGUCUGCAUGGUCUGAAGGAGGACUUCAGCGGUGUUUACUUUCCCUUAAUCUCAGGUUUCCAUUGCACGUGAACUGGGGAUUGUGGUUUGCACUAUGCUUAGUUUAAACAAGCCAGUUUUAUAACCCAUGGUUUGAGUUUGGGUGGUUUUUUAAACUGCCCUGAGUUAUUGAUAAGCCAUGAUCUCCAGUUCAUAUUCCAAGAACAAGCAGAGUUUAUGAAGAACUGAAAUUAAUCGCUGCUAAUCAGAGGUAGAGAGGGGAGGGAAAGCACACAUGCCCAAAGCUUGCUCAGGAUCCUUCUAGCUUCUGUUUUUCAUGCUAAACCAUGGUUUAAUGUGAACACAGCAACUUGUGUAUAUAUUCCUAUUUGUAUAGCCGAUAGGAGUUAUCCCAUAGUGUGUUAUUAUUCAGAUUACAUGUUGUAUAGAUUUUGUAUGUAUAUAUGCAUAUAUAUAUAUAUAUAUAUUCCAAGUGGAUUGGUCAGAGAUGGUUAUGUUAUCUUUGAAAGCAUUUGAGAUAAUUACUGAUUUCCUUUCUAACAGAUACUAAAGAGCAAAUUUCAUGUUGGAAGUAUACUGAGUUAGAUACACGUGGAAGUUACCUUAAAUUUAGAUAAACCUCUGAGUAAAUUCUUCAUACAGUGACGUGUGGAUUCAGGUUUAAGAGAAUUAAGAUAGGACAUUAUUUUCAUAUCUGUCAAUAUUCCUGUUUUCCUUUUCUUUAAUGGUCUAAAAUGUUUGUUUGAAGUGCAUGAACCCAUGUAUAACAACAGCUAUCGUUGUUAAUGUUCUGUUACUUCCAUAGGAGUUGAAUAAGAAAGAUAUUAUACAAUUAUAAUAAAAAUUAAAGUAAAACCAA